AUGCCAUUAAUAUCAAGAACAUCAAUAUCUUUUAAUCAAGAUAAUUUCAAAAUCUUGGUAUUUUUCAUUAUCCCCAUAUUAUUAUCAAUUUAUUUAAUCCCCAAAUUUAUUAACCCUGAAAUGAUAAAUAAUUUACUGAUAAAUUUUAAAAUUGGAUUAUUAUCAAAACAAUAUUGUCAAAUUCAACCAAUAUAUUGUUCAAUAUUAUUAGAUGAUAAAUAUGGUGAUCCCAAUCAAUUAAAACGUAUACAAUUUAAAUAUUUUGAAUUGAUUUAUGUUGUACAUGAUUGGAUUUAUAAUAUUGAUCAAUUUAUAAUACAUAAGAUAAUAUUACUGCUGCCCAUCAAGAAAUUAGUUGGAUCUAUAAUAAUAAUGAAAAGGAGUUAUACUAGUAAUGGUGGUGGUGAAGCAGCAGGAGCAGGGCAAGUUGAGGAAAUGUGGGACUUUUUGAUAGAAAUUGUUCAAAUCAUGUUGGCAGUGAUUAAUUCAAUGAUUUAUCAUUUGAUUUGGGGAUUAAUUGUUUCUCGAAUGUAUGUAUUUUUCAUAUUUGGUACAUUGAUAACAGUUUUUGAACCAUGGGAAAGAUUAAUUGGUCCCAUAAUAUCAGUUAUAAAUACAAAUAAUGUCUAUUAA